GUACAUUCACUAGUCACUUAUGUGUAGUCUCACCAGCAGCUACUAAACCGCAUCGCGGGAUCGCGCUAACGCGAGACACUGAGUUGAGAGUACUUAAAUAUUUAUUAUUUUAAAAUUGUGUAUUAAUAUAUAUUACUUGUACUCUCAAUAUAAUAUCAAUUAUUUGGUGACUUACAAAUAUUUAAAAUUAUGAUUAAUUAUUAAAAAAAAAAAAAAAAUUUAUCUUACGGUUUUUUUAAUUUAAACUCCAUUUUGAGUGAAAAAUAAAAAUUGUGAUUUAUUUAAAAAAAAAAAAAAAUUAUACUGUGAUUACAUUUGAAAAAGUUUUUUUUACUUUAUUAUUUAAAAAUAUUGAUGGAUUUAUCAUCAUGACGCUAUCACUUAAGGCAUCGUGAUGCCAAAAGAAAUAAACUCCAGGCUGCUGAUAGCAUGCCUGUUAAGCAGUCUAUUGAAUAAAUCGGAUUCGAUAGAAAAAAUUUCAUCACUCUGUAAAUCAGGACAUGAGUUUUGGUCAAUUAAGAAAUCAUCAUGUAUUGAGUGUACUAAAUGUGCACCUGAAUUUACAAUAAGUCCUUGUGCCAUUUAUAAGGAUGCCAUUUGUGGUCCACUUUCCGCUCUUGAAUUAGACUGGUCAUUUCUUAAUAAUAAUAAUAAUAAUAAUAAUAAUAAUAAUAAUAAUAAUAAUAAUAAUAAUAAUAAUAAUAAUAAUAAUAAUAAUAAUAAUAAUGAUAAUAGUAAUGAUAGUCAAGAAAUGAAUGCACCUAAAAUGCUCUGGCCAUUUUCGGAAACAGAAAAUACUCCAGAAGCUUUAAGACUAAUGGAAAAUAGUCAAAUUGAAAACGAAGAAAAUUUAAAUAAUGAUAAUAAUAAAUUAAUUACAAAAAAAUUAUUGAUAUCUGAUUUAAAUGAAAUUAAUAAAUUAAAUAAUCAUAACAAUGAAAGUAUUAAUGUGCCAUGGGAUUGGCAAACAAGUGCUCUAGUAUUAGCUGUUUGUGCUUGUAUUAUUUUUUUUAUCGUCGCUGGAUGCUCGGCGUUAAUUUAUGUUCGACAAUGGAGGCGUAUGAAACGUAAUUUUGAACCAGCGGGAUUAGAAGAAAUAUCAGCCCGUUUAAAUUUAAUGGUAAAAGCGGAAUUAGCUGAAUUAAAUUCUGGCGCACCAAUGAAUCCUGGCGAUCCGGAAAUACGCUGUCAUUAUCUUGAAAAAUUACUAGAUCGGAAACGAGACACUCGAGUGGUAAUUCCAACCGGAUGGCCGGAAAUAGGGGGAAACCUUUACAUAGAAGAGACUGCCGGAGAAUCAUCAUCAUCAUUAUCAUUAUCGCCAGCGGAAUCAUCAAUAAAUAAAUCAAAACAGUUUAAACAAAUUCAACGCAACAUUCAAAAUAUUAUUGCUCAGAAGUCUCAAUUUGAUUGUUAAUUAUAAAUUACAAUUACGUUUAUUAUAAUAAAUGUCUUGGUACUAAUGUCAGAAACGGAUCUAGAAAAUGAUAUUUUUUUAAUAAAGUAACUGUGGGAUAGACGGUC